AUGUCUGGUCCACAACCACCCCCACCUCCUCCGCCGCCGGGAAGGCAGGGCGGCCCGCCUCCAGGAGCCCAUGGACCUCCUCCAGGAGUAAUGCGGCCCGGCCCUCCUCCAGGUCAUCCAUUCCCACCCCAGAUGCGCCCGCAUGUCAAUUCUACCCGGGUGGUGGACAUUAGUCCCCAGCCCGUCCUGGACGAAGCCGCUUGCAAGAAGAAUUUGACUUCGUACCUCGUUUAUACCAUGAGGAAGGCUAUACCGGCGAAUAAGAAGGAGAUCCCGUCUUGGGCCCGAACCGAGGUGGUGGAGGAGAAGCUUGCCCAAGGCGAAAUCACGAAACAAAUCAAGAGGUUGAAUGAGUCCAAGAAGAAGUCGGUCGCCGAAAAGAAGGCCGCCCUGGCUCCGUUCCAACAAGGGCAGAUCUCGAAGCUGAUGGAUGAACUGGCAACUAAAGAAGUGGACCCAAAUUUCGAAUGGUCCUUGGUGCAGCUUGACAGAGAGGAGCGGUCCGCGAAGCAGCCGAGCAAGAAGGACAAAGACAGCAAGGUAGCCAAAAGGGAAACCACCACCAUGACUGUAUAUGUCAUGCGUACCCCCCUGGACGGAUUAAAUCCGAUCGUUCUUCACCAGCACAUCGAACGGAUGAGGAUGGAGAGGUUUCAACAGCAAAAUCGCCCGCCUCCCCCACCAGCAAAUCAACAGCAAGCUCGACCCCCUGGACCACCUCAGCAGCAACAAAACCAACCGCAACGCCCCCAGCAACAAGGCCCCCAGCAACAGCAAAAUGGCGGGCGAGGAGAUGCUGGCGGUCCGCAAAUUAUUAAUUUAGGAAGGACUGGAUCCAAAAGCCCAGCAAGGCGACGAGAGACGAGAUAUCAUCAUGACAGCUCGAGCACUUCAUCUAUGACCGACUCGGAUUCUGAGAGUGGUUCGGAACGGAGUUCUUCAAGCUUCACGACGCUUAGCACCAGCUCGAGGGGCAACAAACGGUACCAUUCCACGAAACCUAAAGGCAGUCCAGCCGGGCACCGCGUACACCACAAGAAAUAUUACGUCGACGACCGCAGUCCCUUGGCCGCCGGUCGGCGGAUGAGCGACUUAUAUGAGGGUGGUCUCCCCCACCGGCCGGCCCAUGCACCUGAGGCACCACGCCCAGCUCUGGAGUUCGAUCCUGUUGCCGCUGCAUAUCAAGCUGGCAAAUCGGAUGCAAAUGCCGAAAGAUUUGGCCUCGCUGAGCGCGAGCGUUUUCCACCGACUCCACGCCCUGCUGUGGUUGGGCGACCUGUUAUAAUUGAACAGCCUCGCGCAGUCAUCUCGUAUGGACGUGAGAGGGACUUCGAUGCCCGUUACCCAGAGGCACCCAUGUCGCCAUACUCCGAGGCCGGGUUUUCAGAGCAGGCAAUAUCCCCUCGCUACUUGCAGGAGAAGUUCAUCGACGGCCCUCGAGAGUACCGCGUUGAAAGACGAGACUUGAGACCUGAGAUUCGGGAGUUCCGACCUGAACCUCGAGAAUUCCGACCCGAGUUGCGAGACUACCGUACCGAGCCCAGAGACUUCGCCCCUCUUCCUCGGGAAUUCCACGACCUCCGAGAUGUUCGCGGCCCUGGCCCGGAUUACCGCCGGAGAGAGCGGGAGGCCGAGGAAUAUAUGGAUAGAUCACCAUUUCUGGAGCGACGGACCACAGAACCAAGACCGCCUAUGACCAGGAACCCUUUCGCCCCAAUGCCUCCUCAGCGGCGUUACUGCUCCAGUGAGGAAGGCGGGUGGUAG